AUUUAUGAACACCCGUCCACCCUGCAGCACCCCUCUAGGACGGCGUGACCGCGUCAAUGAAGUGUGAAGACGACAUGGGUAGCCCCGUGUACCCGAGAUGACCGAUGAUUUGGUCCAAAUAAUCACUUCUUUUUGUCGCCAGAGAGGGAAACUUAAAACAAGGCUUGUUUUUGGAGUUCCACCUCCCCUCCUCUCUCCCCGUAGGAUUUGAUUCAAAGGCGAAAACCAAGAUGGCCGCCGACUCCGUGCAGGGGGAUGCCAGGGGCCAGCUGGUGGCGGAGCGACUGGGUCUGGGACACAAUCUGGACCUGUCCGACACAAUGGUUCAACAGAAGCUGGAUGAGAUCAAGGAGCAGAUCCGCCGCGAGAUCCGCAAAGAGCUGAAAAUCAAAGAAGGUGCCGAGAACCUGCGAAAGGUCACCACAGACAAGAAGAGCCUGGCUUAUGUCGACAACAUGCUGAAAAAAUCAAACAAGAAGGUGGAGGAGCUUCACCAGGAGCUGCAAGAGCUCAACGCCCACAUUGUGGUCAAAGACCCUGAAGAACUGCUAGAAUGCCCUUUGACCCCAGAUACUCCCAACAGUGAGGUGAGACUGUGCACCAGCAGCAGCCACCUCGCUGCCCUGAAAAGACAGAAUGACAUCGAGCUAAAGGUGAAACAGGGUGCCGAGAACAUGAUUCUGAUGUACUCCAACGGGCCCUCCAAGGAUCGCAAGUUGCUAGCGACUGCCCAGCAGAUGCUUCAGGACAGCAAGAUGAAGAUCGAGUUCAUCAGGAUGCAGAUCCUCAAGGCCAGCCAGGCCAGCGAGCUGAGUUUCGAGAACAACGAUGUGAUGGACAAGCCCAUCAUCAGCCCGUUGGACCUUCGGGUGGAGGAGCUGUGUCACCACGCCAAGAUAGAAUCCGCUGUGGCAGAGGGAGCCAAGAACGUCAUGAAACUCCUGGGCUCGGGAAAAGUCACAGAAAAGAAAGCCCAUUCAGAGGCCCAGGCUCGUUUUAACGAGUCCAGUCAAAAGCUCGACCUCCUGCGAUAUUCCUUGGAGCAACGCCUCAAUGAGUUGCCUAAAAACCACCCUCGCAGCAGCAGCAUCGUGGAAGAGCUUUCCCUGCUGGCGUCACCGGUCCUCAGUCCCCGAUCCAGCAUCAUCUCCACGCAGAACCAGUACAGCACCGUGACUAAGCCCGCUGCACUCACAGGUAACUUGGACAAAAGACACAAUGAUGCAACCACCACGGUUGUGAGCUCCCGGAACCUGACAAAGAGCGAGGAGCUCUCCAAUGAGAUCAGCGCAGUGUUGAAGCUGGACAACACGGUAGUCGGCCAAACAAGCUGGAGGUCGGUCAGUAACCAGGCCUGGGACCAGAAGUUUACAUUGGAGCUGGACCGGUCUCGUGAGCUGGAGAUCUCGGUGUACUGGCGUGACUGGCGUUCGCUCUGCGCUGUCAAGUUCCUGCGACUGGAGGACUUCCUGGACAACCAGCGUCAUGGGAUGUGCCUGUACCUAGAGCCGCAGGGGAUGCUGUUUGCUGAGGUAACAUUUUUCAAUCCCGUCAUUGAGAGACGACCAAAGCUGCAAAGACAAAAGAAGAUUUUCUCAAAGCAGCAAGGUAAAACCUUCCUGCGAGCCCCUCAGAUGAACAUCAACAUCGCCACCUGGGGCCGCCUGGUGAGAAGAGCCAUACCCACCGUCAGCACAAACUCCUUCAGCCCGCAGGCGGCAGAGACUGGGCCCAGCAGCCUGCCUGGCUCACCCACACCCAGCAGUGACCCGCUGGUGACCAAGCUGGACUUUGACAAAGAGCCCACCCCAGGACCCAAACAUUACCCAGCAGCCGAUGACAUCCGAGAACCACUGGUGCAGGACAAGAUUCCCGACAAGGAGGAAGUACAGGACGCACUCGCCUCUUUUGAUUUCUUGAACAAGAGGAACAGCAUGGCGCUGAAGCCAGACCUGGACCGAGCGCUGGAGCAGGAGAUGCAGCAUCCAGACCUGGAGCUCAUUGCCAUCCAGAAAGACACCGAGAUAAGGGAAGAAGAGCAGUUCCACUUCAGUCUCCAAGACUUCAAAUGUGUAGCAGUCCUUGGACGGGGUCACUUUGGAAAGGUGUUGUUGGCAGAAUAUAAAAGCACAGGAGAGAUGUUUGCUAUCAAAGCGCUGAAGAAAGGAGACAUUGUGGCUCGCGAUGAGGUGGACAGUCUGAUGUGCGAGAAGAGGAUUUUCGAAGCGGUCAACAGCGUCCGCCACCCGUUCCUGGUCAACCUGUUUGCGUGUUUCCAGACACAGGAGCACGUGUGUUUUGUCAUGGAGUACGCGGCGGGAGGCGACCUGAUGAUGCACAUCCACGCUGAUGUUUUCUCCGAGCCCAGGGCCAUAUUUUAUGCCGCCUGCGUCGUAUUGGGAUUACAGUUCUUACAUGACCAUAAGAUUGUGUACAGAGAUUUGAAGCUGGAUAACCUGCUGCUGGAUACAGAGGGCUAUGUUAAGAUCGCUGACUUUGGGCUUUGCAAAGAAGGAAUGGGUUUCAGGGACCGCACCAGCACGUUUUGUGGCACGCCAGAGUUUCUAGCUCCCGAGGUGCUGACUGAAACAUCGUACACCCGAGCCGUGGACUGGUGGGGGCUGGGCGUCCUCAUCUUUGAGAUGCUGGUUGGGGAGUCGCCCUUCCCCGGUGACGACGAGGAGGAGGUGUUCGACAGCAUCGUCAACGACGAAGUGCGCUACCCACGGUUCCUCUCCACCGAGGCCAUCUCCAUCAUGAGGAGGCUUUUGAGGAGGAGUCCAGAACGGCGACUGGGAGCAGGAGAAAGGGACGCAGAGGAAGUUAAGAAGCAUCUAUUCUUCAGGAACAUGGAUUGGAACGGACUGUUGGCUAAGAAGGUGAAGCCGCCGUUCGUGCCGACUAUUCAGGGCGCCAACGACGUGAGCAACUUCGACGACGAAUUUACCUCAGAGGCUCCGAUCUUAACCCCGCCCCGGGAGCCCCGAGCGCUGAACUCGGACGAGCAGAACAUGUUCUCUGACUUUGAUUACAUCGCCGACUGGUGUUAGCUUAGUCCGGGCCCCGUGUCUACACACACAAACACACAAUCACACACACACACACUGUGAACCAACCAACACAGCGAUGACUGUAGCUCACAUCAAUUUUUAAAACGUUCCUCUUCCUUGCCCAAAAUGUGGAGGAGGAGGAGCAGCGAGCGCGGCUCCCUGAGCCUUCGGGCAAAAACUCUGUGCCAUUGAGAAGAAAGUCCAGAAGCCUCCCGUGGGACCCCCCAUCCCCACUUAUUUUUUAAUCCACAUGAAGAACUAUUUUUUUUUUUUUUUUUUUUUUAAGAAAAAGAAAACAAAGAAACUCUGUUGUUGGAGAGUGAAGGAGGGACGUUUGUCCUCCGUGUCCAUUGUCUGACCACUGAGAAUGUUUUUCAUAUGAACUCUUGAGAAGACGGCAACAUCACAAUCCUGUUAUUCAGCGUCACUGUCUUCAGUUUAUUUCACCUGUACAGAUUAUAUUCAGUCGUAUAUUUUAUAGUUGCUUUUUUUUUUUUUUUUUCUUUUAUUGGCAAAGCCCUCGCCAUACCUUAAGGACAUUUUUAUCUCAUUGUAAAAGUUUGACAUUUCUGCCAGGCGUUCAAGUGAAUUUUUGAAGUGCUCAAAGCAUUCUCACUGAGCGGUCAGCUCCAACAAACAUCCUGACUACUACUACUACUGCUGCUGCUGCUUCUCGACUUGAACUCAAAGUCAGAGUCUUCACUACAUUGAUUUAGUUUAGUCCAGGGGCCCAGUCUGUGUCCACAGUCUUUCUCUUUGAUUCCAUGUCUACAUUCAAUCAUAAUACACAUCAUAAUAAUAAUAAUAAUCUUACUCUAAUAUCAAACCGCAGUCCAUCCAGUGUUAAAUGCUACUUGAGCUGUUAAAUUAACUACCAUCACUUAGUUUUUAUUUGGAAAUCAAUAUUGUAAGUGAAGUGAUAAUUAAAACAAUGCCUUCUGGCCCAAAGAAUUUAUGCAAAAUAUUGAAUAUUCUUUUGUCUAGUGCCCUCUAGUGGCUUUGUAGAUAAUUCAGCUGAACAGAGUUCUAAAGAUCAAAGUGCUGCUUGGUAUUGCAGUAUCUUUUGGAGCAAUAAGAUCAAACAUUAAAUUAUUUUUUUGUUCAGUUGGAUUUCCAUUUUUUUUUUUAUUUUAAUUUUUCCUUGCUCAACGAACAGCCGUUUGGGGUGAACCUGACAGCAUUUUUCUAGUUACCUCAGUCAGUGAAAAAACACUAAUAUGAGUCGCACAGUUAAAAGCUACAAAAACCAAAUUCAUCCUGUCCCCCUUGAAGCAGCAGACAAACAACUCCUCAUGGUUUAAGUUAAGAAAGAGAGAGAGGAAAAAAUAAAAAUAAAACGAUCGAUGGACUGACAGUGGACCCAAUGACUGAUAAAACAAAGAUGUGUUGUGCAGAAAUCCAUAAGACAAGUGCCGAACUGGUCUGGUUUAUUCUAGGGGUUUGUCAAAAUGCCCUUUUUAAAUGCUUCCCACACUGUUCUGUGAUCAUUUUAUAAUAUAUCAGUUUUUCCAGUCUGGCACAGUGGAACCAGCUGGUGACUUUUGUCAAUUUGCAUAUAUAUAUAUAUAUAUAUAUAUAUAUAUAUAUAUAUAUAUAUAUAAAAACUGACUCAAAAUGUUGGAGACCUGUUGAUAUGAAAUCACUACAGGGGAGGGCAGGGUAUAUUAUAUAUACAUACUGUAUGUACACAAGCUGAAAGCACUAAUUUUAUCAAUAGUUUUUAAUUAUCUACAUUUCUUAAUGAUGAAAAUAGAUUGUACAAAGUUUUUUGUUUUUUAUUCUUUGCCUGUGCAUGUUGUUGCCAGAACAGACAAAAACUUUAUGGAUGGUACACCAGCACUCAAGUCUCAACUGUUGCAGAUCACCCAAAUAAGAGUGGUUUCUGCAGUUGUUGCCCAUCAUGAAUGCACAAAUUAAACAUUUGUAAUAGUG